GCACUAGUUACAAAUAUUUUAUAUGACGGCGGGAUGGAUGUGCAUUACAAGACGUAUGCUGGUAGAAGUAACCGUGAUAUCAGGUUUGAUCAACUGCUGCACACAAAACCUUUAUCUGGCUCUUCAUCCACAACAUUUUCCAAAUCCAGUGUUAGUUCCAGAAAAAGGGUUAAUGUCGUUUCAUUUGUACCCACUGGUGAGGGGCAAGAGUUGAUAACCAAGUCUCCCGACAAAAUUGUGUCAGAAAAUUCGGAUAGCUCUGCUUAUGCCGGUGCAGUACAGACAAAUAUAUCUCAGCCUUUUUUGUCCCAUUCCUCUACUGAAGGUGUUACCACUGGCUCACCUAUCCUAUCUUAUUCUAGUCGUCCACCAGUUAUUACUGUGACGGACAACAAUUCGUCCGAUUAUCCCUCUGACUGUACAUUCGAUGUACGUUCCAUUCGGAGUUCAAAUCCCAAGUCUGAUCAAUAUCGAUCCGACAUUACCAUAACUCCUACAUCUACAAUGUCAUCCCACACCACUAUACAACGCGUCUCAUCUCCAAAUUCUCAACGAAGCAUCACUAAUCAUCUCAGUCAUUCACUAUGUACUUCAAAACCUGCUAGUCAGUUAAGAUUACAAAGAAUAGAUAAAAGUCAAACCAAUUUGGUUGUAACUAUAUCAAACAAUUCUCUUAAAUCUCAGACAUUCCUUGACAUCCCCAAGAAUAGUCGUGAACGAAGUCUUCCUUAUUCUUUUCCUACCUCUACAUCAGAACCUGAAGUUUCUUCAGAUGCCGGUGCUUCAAAAUCAUUCUCACGACCAUUGCUCAGCGGUAAAAGCAAAAGAGCAGCCUAUAAUCCACGUUCUUGGCAGAAAGAAAUUGAAACAGAGGAUAGUUCUUCAACGAAGUUGCAAAAAAUCAAUGAAUCCUCAGCGUGUUCACCGAAUCACACACAAUCAUCCAUUGAUUCAUAUCAUCUAUCUGUCAAGAAUACAUCCUCCUCAACCAAUCAAGAAGAUUGUAACAUGAAAUUAUUGUCUAAACGCGUCAAUAAAACUGAUGUUGACAAAUUUACAUUUGAUGACUUUGAAGAAGAAGAAGAAGUACACACAGAAGGACUAAAGAAUAAUUCUUUGCAUUCAUACAAAUAUACAAACAGUAAUCACCAUCCUCGUCAUCGAUCUGUGAAACAUGCUGAUGAUGACGGUGAUGACGGUGACGAUAAACUCGUUGAAGACGAUGAAGACUUAGAAGAGGAUGUGAAACCUUGGUUCCGUCCUGCUUCUCGUGAUAAUGUAUCUAGUAAAAAGUUAUCCAAUAGUAGUAGUGCCAAAGAUGUGAGAGUUAGUCGAACGGAAAAACCGUUAUAUACUGUAUUGCAUAAAGUGAAAGAGGCACAUGUUUGUCAAGAACAAGGUGAAACUCAACACUUGUUAGAUGAUGUAGAAUAUUUAGUUGAUGGAUUAACUGAUCGUAAUCAAAUUAAUACUCGUGCACUUAGCGUCCUAACUCUUGCUAACAAAUGUUUAACUGCCUCAUUCCGUUAUGCACUCAAUGCUCAUGGUUUAUUGAAACGUAUUUGUGCAAAACUUCAUGAUGCUUACACAGAUUAUGUAAAAUUUGCCAGUGAACGUCUUGGUGCAUGUUCAGGUUUUUUAGAGACAAUUUUUGAUUGUCUACUCAAAUUACCAGAUCGUUUACCUGGAACAAAACGAUUCGAUGUAAUUGUAUUAGUUUUAUGUUUACUGGUAAAUAUGUGUGAACAUUGUCCUGAGAAUCGUACACGGAUUGUUUAUUUGGAUAUCACAAAAUCAUGUUUAAAACAAGGUGGUGGAGGAUCUCCGUCAAAAAAUCCCAAAGAAAUCAAUAAGUACAUGGAUACCUAUGAUGACGAAGAAGAAGAUAAUGAAGAUGAUGAUGAUGAUGACGACGACGACGCAGAUGAGAAUAAUGCCAAUGGUAGUAGUAGUUCACGACAAAUUGUAACUACAUCUGCACUUGAUGAACUUAUACAGCUAUUUCUUACUCGAGAAGAAUGUGCACGUAAUCAUGAUUUUGAAAGAGAUGAUGAUGAUGAUGAAGCGAUAGCAGCUGCGGCAGCUCGUAAACGUUCACAAGAAGAAUUGGAAGAUAUUGAAAAUAAUUCUAAACAAUUACGUCCAGGUUAUCCUAAUCCUACUGUUGAAGAAGCUGGUUUAAAAUGGCGUUUAAUUGAGGAUCGACGAGCAAUGAAUUUACAUAAUAGAGGAGGAUUUUUAGGUCGAAAUAAAAAACGAUUAUAUCGUAAAAAACAAAAGUCUAAAAAAGCUGUCCAUAAACUACGUCAAACUACUACUACUGGUAGAGAUUUCGGUGAUGAUGAUGAAGACGAGGAGAUGGAUUUAGAUGAUGUUGACGAGUUGGACGAAGAGGAUGAUUGUGAUGACGAAGAUGAUGAUGAGGAGAAUGAUGAAGAUGAAGAUGGCGAUGACGACGAAGAGGAUGAUGAUGAUGACGACGAUGAAAGUGUUGGCAGUGGUGCAGAUGUUGAAUUUGUUGCUGACACACAAGAGGAACAAGAAAAGCUAGCGAAAAGUAUGUCACAAGCACAACAACAUAUGGAAGAUUCAGUGGUGGCUGCUUAUGCUGCUCUCCUACUUGGCUGUAUUCUCCAAUCAAGUCCUCGUUACACCGAUCGUAUUCGAUCCAAACUACCCGAUGGUCAAUUUCGUCCAUUAGCAAUUAUGUUAGCUAAACUGUUGAGUUUCUUAUCGUUAACCAAAGGUGUCGGUUCGUCCGGUUCCGAAUCGAUUCUACGCAUUGUUCGAAUUUUGGAAGCACAAGAUAAACAACACACCAAACUGUCGUCCGCAUCUGAUGAUCAUGAUGAUGACGUUACUGGUGGUGACAGUUAGUCGGAAAUGAAUGAACGGAAUAUACAACAGACAGACUGUUCCUUUGCUUGAUUUUUUGUUGAUAUUCCCUUUUUUCCGGGCGGGGGGUGGUGUCUAUGUUUACUGAGUGUUUCUUUGUGAAACAAUCACUGCUUUGUGCUCUCUCUCUUCUUGUCACCGUUGUCACCACCGUGGCCGACGCCGCCUCCGUUGUCGUCGUCGUCUUGAUUAUGUCCUUAUCGUCGUGUCCGACUAUUGUUAUGUCACUAUUGAAUUGAAUAUGUAUGUAUUGUUAUUGGCUCAUACCUGCGCGCGCACACACACACAGGUAGAUAGGUGUGUGUGUGUGUGCGUGUGCUCGUGUGUGUCUCUUUUCAAUUAGUUCCCUAGAUUUUCUUAUAUUAAUUAUUCUGCACAUAGUUUUCUUGUUUUAUCUUGUUGGUUUAUCUUCAUCGUCGUGGUCAUCAUCAGCGUCAGCAUCUGGUUCUGUUUUGUUGAUUGUCGUCUGUCAACACACACACACACACACAACAGCAGCAACAACAAUCAAACAAUUGAAAUGUACCACAUUCAGUUAUGAUGAUGAUGAUAAGAUGAUGAUUGUGUUCUUUGAACCAUGAAAUUCCACUUGAACUGAUUUCAAACACCCCCAUUCAGUAUAGUUUUUUUUGCUCCCUAUUCAUUAUUAUUAUGUACAAAGUUGUAGAUGGAAAAUUUUUAACUUUUCAAUUGAUCCUCUCUCUCUGUUACUAUAUUAUUAUAGUCAAGUGUUGAUCGAAAUCACACUCUCACACACACAGCCACACACGCAUUCAUUACCUUGUCUUUUCAUUCAUGUCACCCACCGACCACCAUUGUCGGUGGUGGUCUUCUUACGGUUUUCUUUCCUUGAAAAACAAUCUGGGCUCUUUUGUGUUCUAUUUUCCACACACACACACAGAUUGUGAUGUACAUAAAAAUUGUGAGUAAUAUUUAUAAUAAUAAUAAUAAUUAUAAU